ACUCGGAUCGAUCAUGAAUAAAUGUCGCGCAGAAUUACGAGAAGGAAAACCCUGCCCUGGGCAGCCGGUAAUUGUGAAUUCAACUUACACUCGGGGAAUUCUUCCGACAGAACGCGUGGAACGGAAUGCCGCCGCCUGCCGUAUGAAGAGAUUCGAUCGACUUGAUCGCCAGAAAUUUGAAUAAAAGCUCGCCAAGAUCGGGCGAACAGGUGCGGCAUGCCAAUGAGCUCUGGAUACUGGACACUAGAGCAUCGCCCACCAUAAAUAGAUGCCUUCUUUACUGGGCCGCCACACUCACAAUGGAUCUGCUCAAGAGGAACCUGCUGCUCCUGGUCGUUGGAUCUUGCCUAUGUGCCGGCGUUCGGGGCACACUGCUCAUCCAGAAAACCAAGCCAGCUCUUCCGGAUCCCAGUCAACUGCUCGCUAAAUUGCCACCCAAGCCGGACUUUCUAAAGGAUCCUAGCCAAUUACUGGACAAAAUCAUGAAAGCGAAGCCAUCUCUUCCUGAUCCCAGUCAGCUACUCGCCAAAUUGCCACCAAAGCCGGAAUUCUUAAAGGAUCCCAGCCAGCUGCUCUCCAAAUUCGUCAAACCAAAACCCGUUUUUGUGAAACCCGUGAUUGUCAAGCCCGUGGUGGUGGUUAAACCCGUGGUUGUCGGCGGAGGAGGAGGAGGAGGCGGGGGUCAUGGUCAUGGACACCACGGACACCAUGGACAUCAUGGCAAGAAUAAGCUUACAUUUUAGAGAACUCUAUGAGAAAGUAUGAUUAAAAGGGAUAUAAUAAUGUAAGAGGGAGAUACUAAUAA